AUGCGCUCCUCAACAUUCCUUCGAAGGAGAAGAGUCUUGCUAGCUCUUGUCGCAAUACUGACAAUCUAUCUGUUCAUCAAAUAUCUGCCUACCGAUGUGCCCUCUGUGGGACGUAGGAUCGAUUCAAGAACUGGUCGCAGUCAGGGUCAGCCGUCUUUUCUGGGCUCGACUCUAGACACUACGUCGCAGGGAGAGGUUCUGGCUCAAGGUCAGCUCUACGAUGGUCUGGUCAAAUACUACCACAUCGCACGCACUCUUCGUCCCCAUCAACUAGGAAAGCACAACGGUAAGGAAAAUGUCAUCUUUCUCCUCCACGAUUUGAGAACUGCCGCCAGCCUGGUGGGAUGCGCCUGUGAUGUUGCGCUGUACAACAGAACCAACGUUCACCUGGCUCUCCUGCCCCUGAACGACGAUGCUGUCGAGCAGAUCAUGGACGUGAGCGGAAUCAGCCAGAGAGACUGUCCAAUCUUUGUGCACGACGCGCGUCCAGACUACAAUUUACGGUCCUCGCGAAGACGUCGUAUCGUGGCCAUUCAGUCUGCUAUAAACCAUCUACAUUCAGUCCUCAAGCCUGCCGCUUUCCUUGUCGACCAGCAACAGAUUGACCACGAACUCUUCGGGUUGACCAUUAAAGAGAAGGUGGCUUCCAUAUGGACCCCUUUGAUCACUGUACCCAACCAUGCUCCUCCCUCGACCAGCUGGCUGAGCAGUCUUGACGGCACAGGGCUAUCCUUGUUGAACAACCUUGAAAUCAACAUUAUCAUCACACCAUUCAGAAACUCGGCCGGCUCUCUAAUCAGGCUUCUCAACUCUCUUCAGAGUGCUGACUAUGCUGGUCUAUCUUUACCUCGAAUCACUGUUGAGAUCCCGCAAAACGUCGAUACUUUUGCGCUGCACUACCUAGAGAAUUUCCGCUGGCCAAACCACCAAGGCGAGAACAAGCUCAUCCUCCGGCGCCAGAUCAACCCAGCUAAAUCCGACCCCGCAAGCGCCUCCAUACACACCACCGAAUCGUUCUACCCUCCAAGCACGCCAAUGUCGCACGUCCUUGUUCUCAGUCCCGACGUCGAACCCUCACCCAAUUACCUUCACUACCUAACCUACCUUACUCUCCAGUACAAAUACAGUCGGCACGAGCAAGACAUACCACCUCUCCUCAUGGGUAUCUCCCUCGACCUCCCACACACAUCUCUAAACGGCAAAGACCCCUUCAUCCACCACGCAGAAUCCCCACCAGAAUCCAUCUUCCUCUCGCAAUCACCAUCAGCCACAGCCGUCCUCUACUUCGGCGACAAAUGGAUAGAACUACAAAACUACCUUUCCCUCCGUCUCAAGCACGACCCAAGCCUAUCUAAGACCGUCCACGACUCCGCCCACGUCUCAGAUGCUCACCCAGCCUUCCUGAGACCAGUUUCUGAACUCAUGCAAGCUCAAAACUACUUCAUGCUCUACCCCGGCUUCGCUACCAGUCCAGACACACAGCUAGUCGCAGUUCAUACGGAAAUGCACCAGACUCCAGAAGAGUAUUACACCCAACUUGACAAUAAGGAGCCACACAACGACGAAGAAGGAAUAAUCACCAUCCCAACGUUGUCGGAAAACACCAUCCUCACAGAAGCACAAGACGACGAGCUUCCAACCUCACCAACCCCAGGUAAUAAACGCGCCUACCUCGACCAUGAACAAUCAACUGGCUCAACAAUUCCAAUAACUUCCCUCCUCGGUCUCAAAGACCACGAACUCCUGCCCCCACACGCAGACCUUCCUAUAUUCACUAUUCAGGGACGUCGGACAGAACUUGUUGAAGCCGGAAAAGUAUCGAGUGCUUUCGUGGAUCGUGUGAGUCUGGAGUUGAGUGGGUGCAAGACGUUGGGGGAAAGGGAUCCGUCUAAGCUUGGGACGGUGGAGUACUUCUUUUGUUACUGA